UAAAUGGAGUUUGGCGUGGGAGGAAGAAUUGGUAAAUUUUCUGGGUGGCAGCAGCCUGUGGACAAACAUAUAUAUUUGUGUACAUUCGGAAAGCGUCUGGACUCAUUUGUGGGAGGAGAGUAAGCAUUUGGACAGGAAGAUUAACUGCUGAUUUUGUUUCUGGGAGACGAUACGAGAAUAGCCAUGGAGAAAUUGGAAAGUUGCAACCUUUGUGAUCUGAACUAUCAAGAAGAGCAGGCUCGUAUGUCCUCCUUGUUGGUCGUUUCUGAUGAAGAUGAAAUGUUUGAUGUGGAAGAUCCCACCGGCAGGUCCAUUAAUCUUACGGAGACUGCAGAGAUGGUCUUCAGGUUCUUCUGUCAGCCAUGUAGUUCAGGAGGAAAAGUUGCAAGAUGCUGGCACUGUCUCCAGAGAGCAGCGCAUGAAUCCCCUAGGCAUCCAGAUGCUCUCCAAGAACCUUCAUGAACAGAUUUUCCGGGGUGCUCGGGUAGAGUAUUCAGAUGAAGACAUCAAGAAGAGCAUAGAACACUUGCAGAAGCAUGACUUAUGGAGCAAAGAGACUUCCACCAUUCCUGAUGUGGAGCUACAGCUGCCCCAUAUGUAUGGGGCCAACAUAGAUGAACACUUCCGCAUUUUGGCACAGAAGCAGAGCUUCCCAUAUCUGGAGGCUGCUAAGGAACUUCUGCAGUGUGAGAUCCCACCAAUGCCUUUGGAGUGGGCUUGGGAAGUGGGAUGGACAAAAUACGGACCCAGUGGGGAGAAGAAAGCUGUAGCUUUCCCUGAUGAGCGAUCCUUGGUUUUUGAUGUGGAAGUGUGCGUGGAAGAAGGGCAUUGCCCCACACUUGCAGUGGCCGUCUCACCAAAUGCCUGGUACUCAUGGUGUAGCAAGAGGCUGUUACAGGAACGGUACACCUGGUCCAGCAAGCUGACUCUUUCAGACCUCAUCCCCCUGGAAACAGGCAGCAGUCUUGCCAAGCAGGAAUGGCAAAAGAGGCUUGUGGUUGGUCACAAUGUCUCCUUUGACCGUGCGCACAUCAAAGAACAGUACUUGGUACAGGGUUCCCAGAUGCGUUUUCUGGACACCAUGAGUAUGCAUAUGGCGACCUCAGGGCUGACAGGAUUCCAGCGCAGCCUCUGGAUGGCGGCAAAACAUGGCAAGAGGAAAGGGCAGCAGCAGGUCCAAGAGCAUAUUAAGAAAAUGCGCAGCAGAACUGACGGCCCCGUGGUUGCCGCAUGGGACUGGGUGAACAUUAGUAGCAUCAACAACCUAGUUGAUGUGCAUGCUUUAUAUGUUGGGGGCCAGCCACUGGAGAAAGAUGCUCGGGACCUCUUUGUCAAGGGGAACAUGCAGGACAUCAGGAAUAACUUCCAGGAACUUAUGCAAUAUUGUGCUCGUGAUGUCCGGGCUACUUAUGAAAUAUUUCAGGAGCAGCUUCCUCUCUUCUUAGAAAGAUGUCCCCAUCCUGUGACAUUUGCAGGAAUGCUGGAAAUGGGGGUCUCCUACCUGCCUGUCAAUCAGAAUUGGGAGCGGUACCUGGAUGAGGCUCAUGUUACUUAUGAAGAGCUGCAAAAAGACAUGAAGAAAUCUUUGAUGAACCUGGCCAACAGUGCCUGCGAGCUCCUACAUGGGGAGAGGUACAAAGACGAUCCCUGGUUAUGGGACCUGGAGUGGGACCUCCAAGAAUUUAAGCAAAAUAAGGGGAAACCUGGGAAGAAGAAGAAGAAGGAUAUUAAUGAGGAGCCUCCCAGUGGGGUGGAAGAGGCCUCUGCACUGGCGUGGCCGGAAGAUCCUGGUCCCUUGACUGAAGAGGAAGAACAGAGCAUACUGGAGAGGCAAAUGACCUUAGACCACCUGAAGAAGACAGUAUCUUUGCAACCAAAGAGAAUUCAGCAUCUGCCUGGCCACCCAGGGUGGUACCGCAAGCUGUGUCCACGACUGAAUGAUCCCAGUUGGGUCCCUGGGCCCAGCCUCAUCAGCCUUCAGAUGAGAGUGACCCCAAAGCUCAUGAGGCUCACCUGGGAUGGCUUUCCACUGCACUACUCCGAGAAGUAUGGCUGGGGCUACCUGGUUCCAGGCAGGAAGGACAACCUGCCAGAGGUUACUCCUGAGAGUGAGUUGCCUGUGUGCCCGUUCAGGGUUAUUGAGCAUUUAUACCGGGAACAAUGCAAACAGCAGGGCAAAGAGCAAGCUACCUUACUAGGCACCUCCCUGGAUGAAGAGUUUAUGUUAGCAGAAAAUAGCACUAUCUGGCAGAAGGUUGAAAAGUUCAGCCAGCAGGAGAGCAACGUGGAAGGGGAUCCUGCAACGAAGAAAGUGAUGCAGGAUGCUGCAGGAUCUGAAAAAAGCCACCCUGAAUAUCACCAUGGCAGUGGGCCUUACAACGAGGUCAACAUUCCUGGAUGUUGGUUUUUCAGGCUCCCUCACAAGGAUGGAAAUGACAACAAUGUUGGAAGUCCAUUUGCUAAAGAUUUUUUGCCCAAGAUGGAGGACGGCACCCUGCAGACAGGGAUAGGGACCACAGAUGGGACCCAAGCUCUUGAAAUCAACAAGAAGAUCUCCUUCUGGAGAAAUGCCCAUAAGCGAAUCAGUUCCCAGCUAGUAGUGUGGCUGAAGAAAGGGGAGCUGCCUCGAUCUGUCACCAGGCAUCUUGACUACAAUGAGGAGAAUAGUUGUGGAGCCAUCCUACCACAGGUGGUAACUGCUGGAACUGUUACUCGGCGAGCCGUAGAACCUACCUGGCUAACAGCCAGUAAUGCAAGGGCUGACCGGGUGGGGAGUGAACUAAAAGCCAUGAUCCAGGUUCCUCCCGGCUACCAUAUGGUUGGAGCUGAUGUGGAUUCCCAGGAGCUUUGGAUUGCAGCCAUCUUGGGAGAUGCUCAUUUUGCUGGCAUGCAUGGCUGCACGGCUUUUGGCUGGAUGACCCUGCAGGGGAAGAAGAGCAGUGCCACAGACCUGCACAGCAAGACGGCCUCCACAGUGGGGAUCAGCCGAGAACAUGCCAAAGUGUUCAACUAUGGGCGCAUCUACGGGGCAGGGCAGCCCUUUGCAGAGCGUCUGCUCAUGCAGUUCAACCAUCGUCUGACAGAGCAGCAGGCCAGUGAAAAGGCUCGGCAGAUGUACGCCGUCACGAAAGGGGUUCGGCGUUACUUCCUAACUGAGGAAGGAGACUGGCUGGUGGAGAAGCUGAGCAUCCCUGUGGAAAGGGCCAAGGAUGGCUCUGUGUCUGUGCAAGACGUGCAGCAAAUACACAGAGAAAUAGGGAAAAGGUCUCAAAGGAAGUGGAAUGUGGUUCGCCAGAGUGUGUGGGCCAAUGGAACGGAGUCUGAAAUGUUCAACAAACUAGAAAGCAUCGCCAUGGCAGCAUCACCUUGCACCCCUGUGCUGGGCUGCCGGAUCAGCAGGGCUUUGGAGCCAGCUGUUGUCAAGGGUGAGUUUUUGACCAGCAGAAUAAACUGGGUGGUCCAGAGUUCAGCGGUUGAUUACCUGCACCUAAUGCUAGUGUCAAUGAAAUGGCUUUUUGAGGAAUUUGGCAUCGACGGACGCUUUUGCAUCAGUAUCCAUGAUGAAGUGCGGUACCUGGUUCAGAGUGGGGACCGCUUUCGUGCAGCUCUAGCCCUGCAGAUUACCAAUCUCCUUACACGGUGCAUGUUUGCUUAUAAACUGGGUCUUCAAGAUCUGCCUCAAUCAGUGGCCUUUUUCAGUGCUGUGGAUAUUGAUCAGUGCUUAAGGAAAGAGGUAACUAUGGAUUGCGUCACUCCGUCUAACCCAACAGGGAUGGAAAAAAGAUACAGCAUCCCUCAAGGUGAUGCUCUGGAUAUAUAUCAACUUCUAAAAAUAACCAAAGGGUCACUGGGGAAAGGAAAAUAGGGUUUGACACCAUAACAGGAAACAUGGCCAAGCGAUCAUUGUAGAGGGAGUCUCUUCAGCAGUGACUCCUGCCAGGCCUUUCUUUCAGUUCUGCAAGAAGAACAGCGCAUACCAUAAGCAAUCUGCAGCAUUUAUUAUGGCAUGUCCCUGAUGCUGUCCAGACGAGGACAAAAGGAAGGACAGCAUGCCAACGGUGCCUCACAAGAAUGACAGUUCAGGAGGCGAUUGGUGGUACAAGCAUUUAGGGAAUUGUGUUGAAAAGGAGACAGUCUUUCUCUAAUGCUGUGCAAGACUAGCACAGCCAAAUACAGAAAUUCAUUUGGUAAUAAAGGAAACAGCUCUCA